AUGAAUAAGCGAAUACCCCAAGUAAAUCAUAAGAUACUGCGGGAACGAACUGAAAACCAGAUUAAUGCUAAAAAUCAUCGUGGAAACAUCGGACAAGCUCAGAGUAUUAAUCACUAGCAUGAGUCGUAAAGCUUCUAAAACAACAAUAAACUUGGCCUAUAAACUUUUAUUGGGUCACUUACUGACCACUCUCAAAGUCAAUCAGCUAUUAUGACAAAGGCUGUUAGUAGAAGUCCUAGUCCUUAGAGAUAGAAUUAGAGUAGUCAAGUAGAGGAUAACAUUAUUUAACUAUAAAAACUAGAUCUUAACAUAAGCGAUAUAAACACACAAAGGGAGCUCGUAAAUCAUAUCCUCAAUGAUUAGUAUUCAUCUUCUUUCGUGCUAUAGACUAACUAUCAAAGAUAGUCAUAAGCUAAGGAGGAGUUCAAACAAUCAAUUCAAGGGAAAUAAAAACUAAAUGAAAAUAAACUUUAGCCGAAACAAAUACCAGUUGAGAAGGAACUUCCAAACCCUGUAAUGCAAGAAUAGUUCAUUCAACAUGAGCAUCACAUUCAAUCACAAAUGCAGAUACUUUAAAAAUAGAAUUAAUAGCAGACUUAUAAAAGGCCUAUGAGCAAAGACUUUAAAUAGGCAUAUAACAAAUUGGCCAACCAAAUCAUUAAGUAAACGUUAAUUGAUAAGAGUGAAGGAGGGCGAUAGGCUCUGAUAAUUAAUGAAAAAGACAUUGUAGAAUUUGAGAAACAGCAAAACUUGGAAUACUUUUAAAAAGUUUAAGAUGACUAGAAUAAAGAUCAUGUUCAGACAGCAGAAGAAAGAAAAUAGCAACUAAGACAAUAGGUAGCUAAGCUAAUUGAAAAAGAUCUGCAAAUUAAUAAUGCCAAGAAGAAAAAGAAAUCUUACAAUUCUUCAAUGAUAAGUGAGAAUAGACAAUCACAGCAGAGCCAUCAUGAUUUGCUUUAUUAAAAAGGAGUUUAGAAACUUGAGAAUCUCAAAAAGAUGCAAGAACUAAAUGACCCUGAGAAAAAAUAACUAUAAGAAUGCUCUUUUUAGCCUCAGUUUUUCUCUAAGCCUAGUCAAAAAUUUGCAAAUAGACGCAGAAGCAUGGACGAGUUCUAUUAAGAUUAGAUCUAUAUCUUAGAAAAGUAAAACGUACUAAGGUAAAAAGCUUAUGACGAUAAAGAAUAGCAGCUCAUAGAAGAGAAAGAAAAAGUAAUUAGUACGGCUAAGCAUAAUGAGAAGUACUACUCUAAACUCAAGGGAUCAUUCAUUUAUAGUGAAAAGGAGUCUAUCAAAUUUUAAACACAGCUUGAGAAGUAGAAUGCUUACUUGCCUAGCUUUACUCCACAGAUAAAUGAAAAAUCGAAAAAGAUGAAAAGAUCUGGCAGUAUUGAAUCUAUUCUCUAUGAAGAUGCUUUGGAAAGACUUAAUAGAAGAUAGUCAUUAGACUCAUAAAGCACAUAGACUUUAUUAUCACCUAAAUAUUCAUUGGAAAAGUCUGAUUUCGUACUAGCAGAGAAACUUACAAAUGAAAUCUAAGAGCAACUUUUUAGGGAAUUCGAAAAUGAUGAAAUAUAGAUAACUAAAUAGAAAUUUAAGCAGCUGCUUGUGGGAUUAGGCUAUUAUAAUGAAUCAUAAUCUAACUACUCUCAUCCAGCAAUGUCUAAUGCUUUUAAACUAAGGAUUCAGAAUAAAGAAGGUAAAAGUUAAGAUGACUUGAUAAACUGGUCAUAUGUAUAGCUGUCUAGGGAGAAGAAUUAUAUUUUUGUCAGAGAUUUUAGAGCAUUUAUAUUUGCUCUGAAUAAUCUUUACUUCGAUUGGAUGUCUGGCAAGACAAAUUCUCAGCCUAAAAAUAAAAAACAAGUAGUUCAGAUCAAGGUCAGAUAAGAAGACCUUGAUUCAUCUUAGAUAUUGGAGUCUCAGAUCAUAACUAACAGAAGCCCACGAAUGAAUAAAAGCAUUAACUUCAUGGGUCCUUUUGAAUUUCCUAUUGAAUCUCAAGAAUAAUGCAGACACAUGAUUAUUAACUAUUUGGAAUUGGUGGAAAACCGCAAGUUACACCUACAGAACUAAGCUAAGAAUCAAUAAGAGCAAAAGAAACAAUAGAUUAAUAAUCAGUCACAGUUAAACAUCUCAGCUCACAAGCAUUACAAAAAUCCCAAGUCAGUUUAUCUCGCUUAAGUUCACUAUCAAUAGCUUUCAGAGGAAUACCAGGUUAAUAGCCAUGUUGAUUUACUUUACAGAAAGCAAGAGGAGUAAAAGAAGAGAUAGGAAUAGAUGAGGAAAAUAAAGGAAGACGAGGAGAUGGUUGAGUGUAGCUUUUACCCUAAGAUUUUGAAUCAAAGCUCUGCCGAUAAUGACUCAAGAGCUAAGAUCUUUGGCUCUAAAAAGGCAAGCAUGGAUGACAGUCAUGAUAUAUUCAGUGUAAAAAACUUCUCAAAUCAAAGUGACAUACUAUCAAAUUCAAAGGAAUUGGCUACAGAUAGAUCGAGUAUGGAUCAUCUGAGUAAAAUCAAGCAAAGUCUUAAGAUCAACUAUCCAGGAUAUAACACUCAGCAACCAAGCAACAGAAGCUCAUCAAGAAUAAAGGACUAGAAGCAUGUGAAGUAGGAUUUAAACACCAAGGAAAAGAGCACUAAUAAUUUCAAUAAGUAGAUUGAGAAUCCUUCACAACUUGGAGCAAAGAGAAAAUCUUCAGACAUGCUGAGAGCUAUUAUAAAGCCAGAUGAAGAGAGCAAGAUUUCGUAAUUCGACAUUAACAUGGUGUCUAUUGAGGAACAGACCAAGGAUGAGAGAUCUCCCAUACUAUUCCUAGAUGUUAACUUAGGAGGAGAUGAGAUGUCACGAAUCGUUAUAUAUGAGAAUGAUGACCCAAGCUCAGUGGCAUUGAAGUUUGCUUAAGAGAAUAAACUUGAUGAAAAGAAAAGGCUAAAGUUGAUUCAGAUUAUUCAAGUUUAGAUGAGCACAAUUUUACCAAAGAUAGAUGAAGAAAAUGAAUGA